GGUACGAAUCAAGGUUGAGUGACUUUGAAUUUUUCUAUCUUUAAUGUGAAAAUUUUGUAUAAAAGGCUCAGCGCAGUCUUCUAACAGCAUUACGUCUUCGUUAGCUAAGAAGUAUCCAUCUCAAAAUGAAGUGUGUUUUGGUAGCCCUUUUCGUUUUCUUCGCUGUUGCCUCGUGCCAGUUCAUCUUCCCUCAUCAUUACGGAUAUGUCCACCCUUAUGCUUAUGGAGGUUUGUAUAGAUCUGCACAUGUGGUAGCCGCCGUUCCCGCAGUUCAAAAUGGAUACGUUGCUGCCACUCGUGGUGCUGUCCACACCGCCCCUCUACCUGAAGGACCCCACGCUUUUAGCCACCAUAUCAACACUGCCCCAGCACCUGGAACUUUGUAAACAGAUCUAUGUAAAACCUCUCGGUUAAAUCAAUAAACCUUAAAUUGAA